AUGGCCGACGCUGACUCCAACCCUUCUACAGCCACGCACAAUUCGCCGCGGACAUGGCUCCUCACUUCAGCCCUCUCCCCCCUGUCCGUCCGACUGAUCCGGCUACUUCUAUCGCAUGGCGACUACGUGGUCGCGUGUCUACCGCCCUAUGAGAUCGACGACGAGGACCGCAGCGCCGAGUUCCGCGAGCUUGUCAAUGAGUGUAAGAGCUCUCGCAAGGAUCGGGAGGGAUGGAAAGAUCGUAUUCGUGGCAUUCGGUGCGAUGGCGCUUCCAUGGGAAGCUGUGGUGCUGCUAUUGCUGAAGCUGUCCAGGUUUUUGGACGAAUUGACAUUCUACUAUGCUGCAAGUCCGAUGCGGUUGUAGGAACCGUAGAGGAACUCUCAACAACUCCUUUCACACAGAAUCUCGUCCGCGACCAGUUCGAGUCUGUCUUCUUCUCCCAGGUCAAUUUCAUCAGAGCUGCUCUCCCCCAGCUACGGUCUCAGCACACAGGACAUAUCAUUGUGCUCACCAGCACCGGUGGCCAUAUCGGUACGCCAGGCAUGUCAAUAUAUACGGCUGCCACCUGGGCCCUCGAGGGGUUUUGCGACUCGCUCGCAUACGAGAUUGCGCCCUUCAACAUCAAAGUCACUGUUGUGCAACCAAACAAAGAAAUUCUCUCCUUAACCAAUCGCCUCACUUUUGCGCCUCAGAUGGCCGCCUACGAUCAAUACUCCGAGUCUGCCCCGAAUAUUCGCGAUAUUCUCGUCAACGUCCUCAAUACCCACCCAGACACAGCUCUCCCAUACCCCACAUCACCAGCCGAAUGGGGGCCUUCACCCAUGUCUCCCGCCAGUACCUCUCUCGAACCAGAUGCGGCGCCUGGUGAGAUCAUCCAUCGCUAUCCCAAUUUACCGCCUGGCGCAGCAGAUAAGCUGGUUAUGGAGACGGUUCAUGCCUUGUCAGCAAUUGGAGGACAUGAGAACCCUCCGGCGCGCCACAUUGUUGGUCACGAGGCUGCGGUUGCGGUAAAGGAGAAGCUCAAAACAGUGACAGAAGAGCUUGAAGAUUUUGUAGAAGCCAGUCUGUCUGUUGACACCUUUGAGAGUGAGUUGCAAGCAGAGGCAAGGGAGAGGAAGUCGUCGGAUCAAAGUCCUAACGGGCCCCCGUCAUCAGUCGGUUAA